UUUCCCGGCAGGCAACGCGGGCCCAGCAGGCGGCGCGGGCAAAAGCCGCUCGGCGACGAAAUGGCGGUCGAUAAGGACCUGCUGGAGUUGGAUCUGUACGGCCUGCUGGGGGUCGGCGAGAAGGCGUCGGAGAAGGAGAUUAAGAAAGCGUACCGCCAGAAGGCUCUGACUUGUCACCCAGAUAAGAACCCAGAUAAUCCUCAAGCAGCGGAAGUCUUCCACCAGCUGUCUCAGGCCUUAGCUGUUCUCACAGAUGCAGCAGCAAGGGUGGCAUAUGACAAAGUGAGAAAAGCCAAAAAGCAAGCAGCAGAAAGGACACAAAAGCUUGAUGAGAAGCGAAAGAAAGUAAAGCUUGAUCUUGAAGCCAGGGAACGAGAAGCCCAGACCCGUGACAGUGAAGAGGAGGAGAUUCGGAUAACAAGGACCUUAGAACAAGAAAUAAUACGGUUGCGUGAAGAAGGCUCUCGUCAGCUUGAAGAGCAGCAGAGACUCAUUCGAGAACAGAUCCAACUUGAAAGACAGCAGCGCAUCCAAGGCAACCGAGUAGGAAAUGGCGCAGAAGGCAAAAUAACUCCCAAACUCAAACUAAAAUGGAAAUGCAGGAAAGAAGAUGAAACAGGAGGGGGAUAUACAAAAGAAGUUUUACUGCGGAUCCUGCAGAAGUAUGGCGACGUGCUAAAUUUGUUGAUCUCCAGUAGGAAGGCUGGAAGUGCAGUCGUGGAAUUUGCUACUGUUAAAGCUGCUGAGAUGGCUGUGAGGAAUGAAGUUGGCUUGACAGAUAAUCCUCUAAAGAUUUCCUGGCUGGAAGGUCAGCCCCAGAGCAAUCCCAGCAGUGUCCUUUCAGACAGCAGUGGUCAGCCUAGAACUUCACAGGACUUUCUGUCAAUGUAGCAACACACUGAGGUACAAGCUACUUGAAUGACUGGAUGUUUGCACAAUAUCCCCCUCUUAAAAAUGAAAACCAAGGAUGAUCCUUGCUCAACACAAAGCCUCUAAUUCCAUUCUUCAGUGAAUUUAAUCUAAUAUACCUCGACUGUGAAAUCCUUUGGCAGAUAGUUCACUGAAAGAGGUCUGCAACCUUUAGAGCGGUUUAGUUACUGCAUUCACAAGAGGCUGAAAUUUCAGUGCUAAAACCAAACCUAUGUUAUUAGGGUCUGCAGGAGGGAAACUGAAACAAUAUCAAAUUGAAUAUCCUUUUAAAGAGUCCUUAUUUGUUUUGGUUCUUCUUUACCAGUGUUGGUACAGCUUGGUAGACACUUCAAGUGCAGAGUGUUUGCCAACUUCUUGGUUAUUCCACCAGAUAAUCCAUCUGAAGCUGCUGCUGUUGAAUAGCGAAUUUUGCCUUUUAUCUCUUUUGUGAAUACAAUAUGUAGUGGCUAAAACAUAGAAAAUGUCUCCUCUAAUGUGCCAUGCUGCAUGAAAUUGUUGGCCAUCAGUUACCUUGUGCUCUUGUUGCCCCUUUGGAGUGGGAACUAUAUCCACUUCUUUUGGAGCAGAACAAUUCUAUGUUAUAAAGCAAAGUGUAAUGUAUCUCAUGUUCUGCCUGUGUUCUGAUCUGGUUAGUUGUUUCUUCUCUGAGAGAAAAUGUGAGGGGGCCUGAGAUCCUCUGGCUAUUUGAAUCCCUGUUAAGCUUCAUGUGACAUUUCCUCUCUUCUCCUUCACUGCCUCAUGCUGUACAGGUACCUCCAGUCCAUGCAUUUACAAUCAAAAUAUUGUAACAGUUUGUAAAAUUGUUUAAUACUUUCUCUCCUGACCUCUCAAGUAUUUUAUUUACAUGUCAGAAUGCUUUGCUGCUAUUCUAGUUGUGUUUUUUGUUCUAUGUUCUCUUUCUGAGCAGCAUGGCCUGAGCAGCAUCACUUCCCAGACAUUUCAAGCAAUGGCAGUUUGAGCAUCAUAGCCCAUAGUCAAGCAGGUCUCCAUGCACAAUGUAGAAUCAGAGAGUCCUGCAGGCAGAGCGGAUUCAGAAAGGUGGCCAAAGUGCUUUGGAAAAAAGCAGGACUCAGUUGAGUGUAUUUGAGUAUCCCUCACUAGCAGAAGAACUAGAACUGGCUCUGGAGAGCUCAUUCACACCUAAGAGGGGGAUAGGGGAGCCAAUAGUGCAAAGGUUGGUAGUGUUUUCAACUAUUGAAGACUUAUCGUUUGAUUGAAUUGAUCUUGGCUUGUUUCCAUGAUCAGUUUGAAACUGCAGUGUCUGCCUGCUGUGAAGAAUUAUAUAUGGUGGAGCAGCAGCAAGGGAGGACAGGAUAAAACAGCAAAUGGAGUUCAUGCUGUGUGGAGCUGGUUACUCUGUUCGGUCCAACACACCUUCAUCAGUCCAUUGUUAGCUCUCAAAAUGAUGAGUUCUGGACAGUGAUUUGCAACCUUUUCCAAGAGCUGCACUUCUAAUGCUUGUGUUCCUUCUACUGCUUUUAUGUGUAAGCAGCAGCAAUUUCUUUAAUUACAUUGCUGUCUUGCUGCCUAGGCUAAGAUACCCAAGCUACUCUGGUUUGUUUUACUGUUUGCUUCAUUAGGCCUUCCCAAAGUCCUGCUGUUGCUUCUGCUUGGAUGUUCCCAAAAUGUACAACUUGGUAAUCCCUUCUCUUGGCCUCACUGAGUCUUUGUUCUCAGCUCCUCAGCUCCAGCCUUCCAAAUUAGGUUUUUCAGUUAUCAGUUGACAUUGCCCCAGUCUACUGCCUACCUUAUCCCUUUCAUACACAGUCUAGCUUUCCAUCCAUCAGGGGCUACAUUCUUUCUUUCAGGCUUAUUCUGAUUUUAAGCUCCCCUCACUUCCUCUUUGCUGUCUCUGGGCAGCUCCUAUUUUUGUCUGAUUCCACCUUCUGUUUGUUCCCAUUCUGUGCAA